AUGACGACCCCAGAGAACCCGUUUUCUACUGGAGGCGACUUGGACUCGAACCAGCUACAUAUGGAGACCGACGAAAUGGACACGCUCAAGGAGGGAGAAAACCCAGCUGACCGGAUGCACCCCUUUCUGGCCAUCUAUGACCUUCAGCCUUUGAAAAUGCACCCCGUGGUGUUCGCCACAGGAGUCCCGGUCACUGCCCAGGUGGUGGGCACUGAAAGAUACACCAGUGGAUCCAAGGUGGGAACCUGCACCCUGUAUUCUGUCCGCAUAACUCAUGGUGACUUUACCUGGACGACCAAGAAGAAGUUCCGUCAUUUCCAGGAGCUGCACCGGGACCUUCUAAGACACAAAGUUCUGAUGAGUCUGCUCCCUCUGGCCCGCUUUGCUGUUGCCUAUGCUCCAGCCCCAGAGGCAGCCAACAGAGAGAUUCCUUCUCUACCUCGAGUGGGUCCUGAGGGGUCUACAAGACAUGCAGCCAGCAAACAGAAAUACCUGGAGAAUUACCUCAAUCGCCUCUUGGCCAUGUCUUUCUACAGAAAUUAUCACGCCAUGACAGAGUUUCUGGAAGUCAGUCAGUUGUCCUUUAUCCCAGACCUUGGCUGCAAAGGACUGGAGGGACUGAUCCGAAAGCGCUCAGGGGGCCACCGAGUUCCUGGCCUCACCUGCUGUGGCCGAGACCAAGUUUGUUAUCGCUGGUCCAAAAGGUGGCUGGUGGUGAAGGACUCCUUCCUACUGUACAUGUGCCUCGAGACUGGCAUCAUCUCAUUUGUCCAGCUCUUUGACCCUGGCUUUGAGGUGCAGGUGGGAAAAAGGAGCACAGAAACACGGUACGGGGUCCGCAUCGACACCUCUCACAGGUCCCUGAUUCUCAAGUGCAGCAGCUAUCGGCAGGCGCGGUGGUGGGCGCAGGAGAUCACUGAGCUGGCUCAUGGCCCAGGCAGGGACUUCCUGAAGCUGCACCGGCAUGACAGCUAUGCCCCGCCCCGUCCUGGAACCCUGGCCCGGUGGUUUGUGAAUGGGGCAGGUUACUUUGCGGCUGUGGCAGAUGCCAUCCUGAGGGCACAAGAGGAGAUUUUCAUCACAGACUGGUGGUUAAGUCCUGAGGUUUAUCUGAAGCGUCCAGCUCAUUCAGAUGACUGGAGACUGGACAUUAUGCUCAAGAAGAAGGCGGAGGAGGGUAUCCGUGUGUCUGUGCUGCUGUUUAAAGAAGUGGAGUUGGCCUUGGGCAUCAACAGUGGCUACAGCAAGAGGGCUCUGAUGCUGCUGCACCCCAAUGUAAAGGUGAUGCGCCACCCAGACCAGGUGACACUGUGGGCACAUCAUGAGAAACUGCUGGUCGUGGACCAAGCAGUGGCCUUCCUGGGGGGGCUGGACCUUGCCUAUGGCCGCUGGGAUGACUUGCAUUACCGACUGACUGACCUUGGGGACUCCUGUGAGUCAGCCACCUCUCAGCCUUCCACCCCAUGCCCAGGAUCUGCAUCCACCCCAGACCUCUCUCACAACCAAUACUUCUGGCUGGGCAAGGACUACAGCAAUCUUAUCACCAAGGACUGGGUGCAGCUGGAUCGACCUUUUGAGGAUUUCAUCGACAGGGAGACCAAACCCCGGAUGCCAUGGCGGGACGUUGGGGUGGUAGUUCAUGGCUCCCCCGCCCGGGACCUUGCCCGGCACUUCAUCCAGCGCUGGAACUUCACUAAGACCACCAAGGCCAAGUACAAAUCAUCAGGGUACCCCUACCUGCUGCCCAAAUCCUGCAGCAUCACAAGCCAGCUCCCCUUUGUUGUCCCUGGGGUGCAGUGCGCCACCGUGCAGGUCUUGCGGUCAGUGGACCGCUGGUCAGCAGGGACCUUAGAGAACUCUAUCCUCAAUGCCUACCUGCACACCAUCCGGGAGAGCCAGCACUUCCUCUACAUCGAGAAUCAGUUCUUCAUCAGCUGCUCUGAUGGGCGGACGGUUCUGAACAAGGUGGGCGAUGAGAUUGUGGACAGAAUCCUGAAGGCCCACAAGCAUGGGCAGUGCUUCCGUGUGUACAUACUGUUGCCCCUGCUCCCCGGCUUUGAGGGCGAUAUCUCCACUGGUGGUGGUAACUCCAUCCAGGCUAUUCUGCACUUCACCUACAGGACUCUGUGUCGUGGAGAGUAUUCCAUCCUGCAUCGCCUCAAAGCAUCCAUGGGGACAGCGUGGCGAGACUACAUGUCCAUCUGCGGGCUUCGCACACAUGGGGAGCUGGAGGGGCACCCAAUCUCAGAGCUCAUCUACAUCCACAGCAAGAUGCUCAUCGCAGAUGACAGGACAGUCAUCAUUGGCUCUGCCAACAUCAAUGACCGAAGCUUACUAGGGAAACGGGACAGCGAGCUGGCUGUGCUGAUUGAGGACACGGAGAUGGAGCCCUCCCUCAUGAACGGUGCAGAGUAUCAGGCGGGCAGGUUUGCCCUGAGUCUGCGGAAGCACUGCUUCAGUGUGAUUCUUGGAGCUAAUGCUCAGCCAGACCUGGAUCUCCGGGACCCUGUCUGUGAGGACUUCUUCCAGUUGUGGCAAGACAUAGCUGAGAAAAAUGCCAAUAUCUAUGAGCAGAUCUUCCGCUGCUUGCCGUCCAAUGCCACACGCUCCAUGCGGGCACUCCGGGAGUACGUGACUGCAGACCCUCUGGCCAUAGUGAGCCCUCCCUUGGCACGGUCUGAGCUCACCAAGGUCCAGGGCCACCUAGUCCACUUCCCCCUCAAGUUCCUAGAGGAAGAGUCUUUGCUGCCCCCCCUCGGCAGCAAGGAGAGCAUGAUACCCCUGGAGGUGUGGACGUAG